AUGGCCUCAGACAUCCCAGAAGCCUUCCAGAAAGAGCUCACCUGCCUCGUGUGCCUGAAUUACCUUCUAGACCCAGUCACCCUAGGCUGUGGGCACAGCUUCUGCUGGUGCUGUCUCUGUGUUUCCUGGGACCAAGCUGAAGAGCCUGCCAGGUGCCCUGUGUGCAGGCAGCAAUCAGAACAGACCAACCUCAAGACCAAUUUGCUUCUGAAGAAUUUGGUGUCCAUUGCCAGAAAUGCCAAUCUCGGGCAGUUCCUGAAGUCAGAGGAACAAUGGUGUGAGACCCACAAGGAGAUAAAGGAGGUUUUCUGUGAAGCCGACAAGAGCUUGCUCUGUUUCCUCUGCUCUCAGACUGACGAGCAUGAGGAUCACAGACACCUCCCCACUGAAGAGGCUGCUGAGGAGUACUGGGAGAGGCUGGCAAACCAAAUGAGAUCUUUAUGGAAAAAGAUCCAAGAAAUUGAUAGAAAUCUCCAGAAAAACAGCCAAGGAACUGACUCUCUGAUGUUUUACGCGUAUCAACGUGGAGACAUGAUGAGGAAAGUUUAUCAGAUGGUACCACCAUUGUUCCGGGAGGAAGAGAUUUACUACUUUGACAGUAUUAUAAAAGAAGGCCAAAAGUUUUAUAAGCUGAUCCAAAAAAGGCAAGAGGAAAUGAUUGGAAAGAAAACAGUCCUCAGAAAAAUCUACAAAGAGCUCAUGAACAUGUGCAACAAACCAGAUGUGGAGUUGCUCCAGGAAUUGGGAGACAAACUGAUGCGGAGCGAGGCAGCACAGCUGCACAUCCCUCGGCCUCUGCUGCCAGAACUCCAUGCACGACCCAUGUCUGGGCUGAUGGAUUGGCUCAACCACUUCAAAGUGAAAAUUUCCUUCAGUAACGAAGUGAGCAAUCAGCACAUCAGGAUGUUUGAUGAUGUGAGAAGUUUGAAGUACAGGGAUGACGGCCUGUACGUGCCUUUGGACGCCGGCCCGUCGAAGUAUUUUGCGACAUGGGGAACCCAGGCCUUCACCUCUGGCAAACAGUACUGGGAGAUGCAUGUGGACAGCUCCUGGGACUGGGCUGUGGGUGUCUGCAGGGACUCCUGGCUAAGGAAGGAUGACGGCCUACUGAGUGACUCCAACAGGGACAGCUUUCUCCUUGUGUGUGUGAAGGAAGACAACCACUACCGUCUCUGGGCCACCGCCCCGACCACGCCUCUGUACAUAGAGAAGCCUGUGGGCAGGGUUGGCGUGUUCCUCGACUUUCACACUGGAAGUUUGAGUUUUGUGGAUGUGGCCAGGCGCUCCCUCAUUUGGAGGUACGAGGAUGGGGUGUUCACUUUCCCUGUCAAGCCUUUCACUUGCACAGGCCACCUGUAA